CUAUAAGUCACUCUAAAACUCUUCUGCCCAAUUCUCUUGUCGCUGGCGUUUCUCAAGUCGGCAUCAGAACAACAAAGAAUUAGCAUCACCCGCCAUGGUUAAGUACUCAAGGGAGCCGGACAACCACACUGAGUCUUGCAAAGCACGAGGCUCCGAUCUCAGGGUCCAUUUCAAGAAUACACGAGAGACUGCACAUGCCCUCAGAAAGUUGCCCUUGGCCAAGGCAAAAAGGUACUUGGAGGAUGUUCUCGCCCACAAGCAGGCUAUUCCGUUCCGACGUUUCUGUGGAGGUGUCGGACGAACUGCACAGGCAAAAAAUAGGCAUUCAAAUGGACAAGGACGCUGGCCUGUUAAAUCUGCAAAAUUUAUUCUAGAUCUUCUUAGGAAUGCUGAGAGUAACGCUGAAGUGAAAGGACUGGACGUUGAUUCUCUCAUCAUAUCCCACAUUCAGGUGAACCAAGCACAGAAGCAAAGGCGUCGCACAUACCGAGCUCACGGAAGAAUUAACCCCUAUAUGUCAUCUCCAUGCCACAUUGAGCUUAUUUUAUCAGAAAAGAAAGAGCCCGUCAAGAAAGAGCCUGAGACCCAGUUGGCAACGAGUAAAUCCAAAAAAUCCCAAGCUCUCCGCAGUGGUGCUUCAUCUUGAUCAAUAUAAUUACUGCAUUAUUUGUUUUUAAAACAGAAUUUUGAUACAUUCAUCAUUCUAUAGAUGAGUUCUUCCGUAUCCAUUCCUCCCCUAAUCUUGUAGUUUAUGGUAUCGGGAUCGUGUUCGUUAUGUCGGGAAUUCUUUUAUAAAUUUUGGAUAUUCAUUCCUUCUAAGCAAAUCGAGACUUCUUUUUAACU